CCGCACUAUCUUUGGAAGAAGGGCGGAAGAAUUGGCAUCGUUCACUUCUAAUCUGUGAAAAUUUUGAGUAAUAUUAAAUAAACGAGAUAUUAAACUAAGAGGAAUGGAAAAACUAUAAAAUAAUGUAUAAUAUAUAGGGGCGCGAUUUUCAGCAGUAAAACGAGUAAAACCCACACUGAAUAAAGGUUGUCACGCAUAUGGGUAAACAAACACAACAUUUGACAGUUUUUAAAGACCAAAAUAUGUUUACAUGUUAAUUACAUUAAAAUCUCAAUUAUUUGAUAGAAAUAAAUGGAAACACAUCUAAUCGUGGAAUUAUGUAUAUUAUCAUUUAUAAUAGUGAUAGCAAGAAUCUUGUUUUUGAUCCACAAAAACACUACAGGCUACAGUAGAUAUGCAACUGAAAAGAGAACCAAAGCUUGUAAAACUGUAAUAUGUAUAGGCUCAGGUGGACACACUACAGAGAUGUUGUCUCUAAUAGAAAAUAUAGAUUUUAAUAAGUAUUCUCCAAGGUACUACAUUAUCGCCAGUAGUGAUACUACUAGCUUAACCAAAGUGGAAAAAUUGGAAAAAGACAAGUCUUCGAACGGCAACAAAGGAGAGUACUAUAUUACAAAGAUUCCUCGCAGUAGAGUCGUACAUCAAUCAUACUUCACUUCGAUUUUUACCACCUUGUUUUCGAUACUUUACAGCAUUCCAAUCGUAUUGAAAAUUCGGCCAGAUCUCAUUUUAUGCAAUGGUCCUGGCACCUGCAUUCCCAUUUGUGGACUAGGGUUUUUGUUGAAAUGUGCCUUCGUAACAGACACGAAAAUUGUUUUCGUUGAAAGUUUUUGCAGAACCAAAACUUUAUCGCUAACUGGUAAAAUUUUGAUUUACUUGGCUGAUAACUUUUUAGUGCAGUGGCCUAGUUUGAAGCAAAAAGUUAAGAGAGCCGACUGUAUUGGUCAGUUAAUGUGAUAUGUGUAAUAAUGUUAAUUGUAUGUUGUGUUAACAUAUAAUAAAAGACUUCAAAUAUGUA